AAACGUCAGUGUCAUUCAUGAAUUUCAGCAAGACGGAUCUACGCGCCAACCUACUCAGACACAAACAUUAUUACAAGCGAAACGAAACAAUGCUGUCUACUCGGCCUUUUUUAUGGAAAGAGGGUGACUGCUGUUGUGCCAGCUGACCCCGCCAUCAGUGACGAUGAUGGCUCUGAUGAGGAAGACGACGACGUGGCAGACCCCGACUUCAUCCCACUUACCCACGAGUGCCCGAGUGACAUGGGCCCCUCUGCCAAGAGGAAGUGUGUGCAGACUGCAGUGGAGGAGCUUGAGGACGAAGACGACGACAAUGAAGAGGAGGAGGAUGAAGACCAGCCAGCACCACAAGCCAAGGGCCCCACAAAGAAGGGGAAGCCAGCAUCCAGGCUAACCACCUGGAAGAAGGUUGACCUGGACAACCAAGCCCUGCCUGUGUACCAGCACGUUCCCCCUGACUUCAUCGAGACUCCAUAUGCUUACUUCAGUAAGUACUUCAGCCCCCGUGUCAUCAAGCAUAUAGCAUACCAAUCCAACUUGUAUGCAACCCAGAAGGACGUCAACACCACCUUCACCACCACUGAAGAUGAGGUGAGGAACUUUGUGGCCAUCCUCCUCUACAUGGGGAUUUCUGAGCUGCCCUCCAUUUAGGACUACUGGGCAAUGGAGACCAGGGUCCCUCAAGUUGCAAACAUCAUGUCAUCUAAGAGGUUCAGGCUGAUGAGAAGGCUUGUCCACUUUAAUGACAACACCCAGAUCCCUGGCACCAUCAACAGAUUCUUUAAAGUCCGGCCACUGUUCAACCACCUGGUUACUGUCUUCAGGAGUGAGCCACAGACCCCCAAGCAGUCUGUGGACGAAGUUAUGGUUGCCUACAAAGGCAAGACAGCUGGCAACCUGAGGCAGUACAUCAAGAGCAAGCCGGACAAAUGGGGAUUUAAGUUGUUUGCCAGGGCUUCUGAGGAUGGCUUCUUUGCGGUUUGACACGUCCCUGUUCCAUGCCCCUGUCUACACCAACCGCCAGACCUGCAAGUACUGCAGCAGGAAGAGGAACAUUUUGAGGUCAAAUGUGGUCUGCAGGGUCUGUAAGGUCCACCUGUGCCUCAAUGCUGAACGCAGCUGCUUCAUCAAGUACCAUGAAGCCGUUGCAUAAGUGACUGGA